ACAUAACGCACACUUCCACUUCCUGUAUACAUCGGUAGGGUGUGACGGGCGGAAGCGACACCCUGCAAGCGCUAACAUUUUCCUUCGCCCAACGGAAAGGCUGAUCUAGUCCAAGAUGCCGGCAUACCACUCGAACUUGAUGUGUGCCCCCAACCAGUUGGUGGGAAAUAUGGCGUUGCUUCCCCUCAAAACCCAGUUCAAGGGACCAGCUCCAAAGGAGGCGGACUCAGAUAUCAUCGAUGAGGCCAUCUACUACUUCAAAGCCAAUGUGUUCUUUAAGAACUAUGAAAUUAAGAAUGAGGCUGACAGAACAUUGAUUUAUGUUACACUGUACAUAUCUGAGUGCCUAAAGAAGCUACAAAAGUGCAGCUCUAGGGGCCAGGGUGAGAAAGAGAUGUAUACUUUGGGCAUCACUAACUUUCCCAUUCCUGGAGAGCCCGGUUUUCCUCUCAACGCUAUGUAUGCCAAACCUAGCAACAAGCAGGAGGAGGAGACUAUGAGGGCGUAUCUCCAGCAGAUCCGACAAGAGACUGGUUUGAGGCUAUGUGAUCGUGUGUUUGACCCUCAGACAGAUAAACCCAGCAAGUGGUGGGUUUGCUUUGUCAAGAAGCAGUUCAUGAACAAAAGUCUGUCAGCUCCUGGACAGUGAACGACGGGGGGGGGGGGGGGGGGGGGCAGUUUCUAUCCUACUCAUGUGCAAGAUGGGUUGACUUUUCUCUUUUUUUUUGGGUUAUGUUGUUCGGCCAAGAUUACUUUAUACUGAAUGAAAGUUGGGUGUUAACAUUAAGCUGGUGCUUAAUUCAAUAAAGCAAUUUUGGAGGAAGUGUGACAGUGUCAGUAAAUAUAAAUCAUUUCUCAAGUAAAACGAGUUGGCAUUGUGCUUAACUUUUUAUAGACUUUGGAACAACGGGUGUAAAAUUUGUCAGGAUGGGUAGAAAAAUUGCACUUUCAGUCAAUAAUAUGCACAUGAAACUUUAUUGCUUGUUUUCACAUUGCUUGAUUUAACAAUAUACAAUCAAACUACCCCAAUGGGCAACAUUGCACAAUUGCCACCAAGUUCCAUUUCAGAUAUUUAAAUACUCUGAAUAGAACACAUAUUGCGGUUGGACACUGGACAGGUACUUCAUUAUGGCAACAAGCACUACAUCUCACACAAGGAACUGAAAUCUUUGUAAAUGCGCAGUGCCGGACAAUUCAAAACAGGAAAACGUAUAAAGACAAAACUUGCUUUCUAAGAAAGUUUACAACAUCUACAUAGACAAAAAUACUGUUGUAGAGCUGAGAUCUUUAUUACAAAAAAUAUUAGUGUCUCAUGCUUUAUAGCUUUUUGGUUUGAUCAAAGUCAUUUUGUCUGAACCCAGAACAGAAGAGAGCACUUCUGAUGCAGACAUCACUGAAGACGAGUUUCCUUCACUUGCAGGGAAACGUUUAAGGCAGCACUGUGUGACGUUUUCCCCAAUGAAAAGGAAUUUCUCUGCAUAACGCUUUGGAAAAGCAGAAAACAAACAAAUGUAUUUUUGAUCUCUCCAACUUUAAUGACCCACAAAUACUCCAGAACUCGGAAGUUGCAUAAGUGAUGACUAAGUCUAAAGUGAAUGGCUCAGUGUGGCAGGCUGAAAAUAAAAAGAAAGCCCUUAAAGACAAGAGACACACAUCUUGGAAAAAAAAUACAAUCUAAAAUAAAUAAGUUCAGAGGUAAGACAACGGUUCAAUAUUGGGGAAAAAAUUUUUUCCUCCAAAUGUUCACCUGGCAAAAACUAUUUACAUAUUGGCUUUCUCUUGACAUCCUCCAGUAAAAAUGACACUUCUUUGUCGACGCCUGUUCAACCUAGUGGUUCACACUUGAGAUUUUUUAAAGAAUGCUGUAAACUGUUGUAAAGUUGACUGACAGGCUGACAAGUCUCAAUGACAAUACUGAAUUUAUAUUACAUUUCUUGGCCACACAGGCUUUGUAAUUAGCAGAUGUAACAUGUGCACCAUAUCCAAAUACAUCUUUCAGAGAAACCACGUCGAGCCUUUUCUAGAAAAUCACUGACAUAUGUCGACCGAUAGUGAAAGUAAGCAACGUUUUAUGCAUAGCUGUAAAUCCUCUUGAUAUGUGAAAAACAAAUGAAAAUGCAAAUCUCAAUUUCAUUUUGGGAUUACAGAAAUGCAACAAUCAUCAACAUAAAUUGCAUAUGAUGGGAUGAGGGAGCACAGAGUAACGCCAGUGAAAAUGCAGAACAGGUCUGAACUGCUGUCAACUGCCUUAUUUUAAGAUAUGCUGUUGGCCCUCAAUCUGGUACGACAUUGAGAGAGAAAUGCGUAAACUUUAUCUUGACAUUGAUUUGCAUUUAUUGACCACAGGCAAGACAUUAUUUUUUUUUGGGGGGGGGGGGGGGGCUUUUAAAAGUGAAGCAACUAGCGAACGAUACAAAAGUGAUGUCAAGUGGUCCUACUAG